CCGCCAUAUUGGUUGUCUCCUCCUCUUCCACCAUCUCGCAUAGAAACACCGAUCCAGACCAUGCAGUAAACCGGGCGUUUGUGCUGCACUGACACCUUUUAUACUCGCCGUGUGCCGCAGAACACUCACCAUGGAGGCGGUAAAAGCUUUUAACAGCGAGCUGUACUCAUUGAAUGAAUAUAAACCACCUAUUUCCAAAGCCAAAAUGACUCAGAUAACUAAAGCUGCAAUUAAAGCUAUAAAGUUUUACAAGCAUGUUGUACAGAGUGUGGAAAAAUUCAUUCAGAAAUGCAAACCAGAAUACAAAGUUCCUGGACUGUAUGUUAUUGACUCCAUUGUACGUCAGUCACGGCAUCAGUUUGGUCAAGAAAAGGAUGUGUUUGCACCACGGUUCAGCAAAAACAUAAUCAACACUUUUCAGAACCUGUACAGAUGCCCUUCAGAUGAUAAGAGCAAAAUUGUCCGGGUUUUAAACUUGUGGCAGAAGAAUAGUGUUUUUAAGAGUGACAUCAUACAGCCCUUGUUGGAUAUGGCAGCUGGCAUACUACCUCCCAGCAUAACCUCUGCUCAUGCCAGUACAACUGCCACAGUCAGUAACAAUACACCUGGAACUCCUGUAACGCCUGCCACACCAGCAAACAUUGUUCAAGGCAUUCCUGAUUCCUGGACAUCACAGCUUUCCAACACAGAUACAAUUGCUGCUGUUGCUCAACUUCUUCAGAGUCCUCAGGGACAGCAGCUUCAACAAUUAGUGCAAACUUUACAGAUGCAGCAACAGAAGCCACAGCCUUCAUUACUUCAGGCCUUGGAUGCAGGACUUGUCGUGCAAUUGCAGGCACUCACAGCUCAGCUCACUGCUGCCGCUGCAGCAGCAAACACAUUGAAUCCCCUGGAGCAAAGAGUUUCUUUUAACAAGAAGCUAUUGGAACAGUUUGACUUUGGGGAGGACUCUGAACAUGUUGAUGAAUCAAAAAAGGAUAUAUCCUCUAAUCAGCUGCCUGUUGUAGCAGAAUCCAUCAACAGUUCAAUAUUCCAUCAACUGGCUGAACACCUGCAACAGCAAAACCUGGAGCAAUUUCAGAAGCAACUAAUGGAACAACAAGAUCAACAACCUCAGAAGACUUCACUUGAGACUCAAGAAGGGAUGUUUGGGUCAGAAAACUCUGCAACACCAUCACAAGAUGAUAGUCAGACUCAGCUUCAAGAUCCUGAUAACAAAUUAGAUGAUUCUCUUGACAUUCAGCAGCAGGAAGCUGUGGUUGCCUGUGGAACUGCUAACACUGUAUAUGGCAAAGUGGAGGGAUGGCUGCAGGACAUGGAAAUCGAUGAAGCACAAGAUAUAGUUGAUGAGGACAUUUUUGAACCUGAGGAAAAGAAAGUUAUUGAAUCACGUUCUAGGACACGCUCUAAAUCUCGGUCUAGCCUUCCAGGAAAGGAAAAUGAUUGUUGGUUUCAGGGCUUUGACAUGACAGAGGUUCAUAAAGAUUCACAGGUGACAUCAAUUUUUAGAUCACCAAGGAAAAGAAGGUCACGGUCUCGGUCUGGCUCACGAAAACGAAAGCAUCGGAAACGUUCAAGGUCAAGAUCAAGAGAGAGAAAAAGAAAAUCUUCUAGAUCAUAUUCAAGCGAGAGGAGAGCACGAGAAAGAGAGAAAGAACGACAGAAAAAGGGACUGCCUCCAAUACGAUCAAAAACACUUAGUGUGUGUAGUACUACACUGUGGGUCGGUCAAGUGGACAAGAAAGCCACUCAGCAAGAUUUAACCAACUUGUUUGAAGAAUUUGGACAAAUUGAAUCAAUAAAUAUGAUUCCUCCCAGAGGAUGUGCAUACAUAUGCAUGGUUCACAGACAAGAUGCUUUUCGAGCCAGACAGAAGCUUAGCACUGGAAAUUACAAAAUUGGUUCCAAAAUCAUAAAGAUUGCAUGGGCACUUAACAAAGGAGUAAAGCAGGAGUAUAAACAAUUUUGGGAUGUUGAUCUUGGAGUAACGUAUAUACCUUGGGAGAAAGUCAAAGUGGAUGACCUUGAUGGUUUUGCUGAGGGAGGAAUUAUUGACCAAGAGACAGUGAACAAUGAGUGGGAGGCAGUAAAAAGUUGUGAGCCAGCAAAGGAAAAUACCAGCCAGACUGUGACCACAGAAACUACCACUCUCACCACCACCCAAGCAGAAAUCUUCACUCAGCCAGUUACUAUGUUACCUGUUCAGAUUCCUGUUGCUCAAGGUGUUCCAUCAGUCAGUUUAGUACCACCAGCUUUCCCUGUGACAAUGACUCUUCCACCACCAGGAUAUGGCCAUCCUCCACCUCCAUUUUUACGCCCAGGUUUCAAUACAUCACAGCCUCCUCCUGGUUUUAUGCCACCCCCUGUAGUCCCUCAGACUUCAAUUGCCCAUGUACCAUCUUUAGGCCAGCCUCCAGUUUCUACAUCUCAGGAGACUGUAAAGGAUUCUUCUUAUGGAGGUUUUAUGCCACCGACGAGCACUAUUCCUGGCUCUUUCUCAUCUGCUGGUAUGAGUGGAAUCUAUAAUCCUGUUUCUGCGCAGUCCCAGCAGAGCAGCAUCAGUGAAUCAGACGACAAAGAACUGCACAUUUCAGAGAACCGAACAACUUCUACAGAUAACAAAACAGGACUAGGAGUCCACUGUGAUACGCGUCCAAGUUCAGUCAGUCUCCUUGGAAUGCCCCCAGCGGUGUCUUUAUCUCAAAAUAUACAUCAUUCAAGUAUUCCAGCCCCAAGGAUACAUGGAUUAUUACCUUUAGACAUUCGACCAGGGAUGAUGCCACCACCUGGUGGUCCAAGGUUUCCACUUAUGAUGCAGCCUGGAAUGCCUCCUCCACCUCCUGGAAUGCCUCCACCAACUGGCAUUCCACCACAAGUUGGACUGCCUCCGCAAGUUGGAAUGCUUCCCCAGGCUGGAAUGCCUCCACAUACUGGUGUACCUCCUCAGGUCGGAAUGCCACCACAGAUUGGUUUGCCACCACAAACAGGAAUGCCCCAUCAACAUGGAAUUCCCCAUCAUUCUGGCUUGCAUUUACAACCAGGAAUGCCCCCACCAGCACGUAUGCCCCCUCAUCCUGGAUUACCCCAUCCACCACAUUUGCCCCCACCAGGAGUCCUUGACCCAAUGUCAGCUAGACAUCGAGGGCCAUUUCCACCGGUUGACCAUUUUAGCAGGCCAGAAGGACAUUUUGGUAGACCCAAUAAUCCAUCUGGUAACAGUGUAUCAAAACCUAAUGAUUCAGCUGGUAAUGACAGUAUCCAACAAGAAGGCGAUAAAGAUUAUCGCUUUCCCCCUGUGGAAAAACGUGAUGGUUUGCUUAGGCCACCUAUUGAAAACAGGGACAGUGUUGUUAGGCCACAUUCUGUGAUGGAUGGAAGGGAUGGACAGAGAGGUCUUGCUGGAGAUGGAAGCAGAAGGGAACCUUUAAGUGGUUUUAGGUCAGAAAGCCGAUGGGGCCCUCCCCGAGGGGACUUUGAUGAACGUGAACACAGAGGGAUCUCAUUUACCGGCCCUAAAUCUUAUAGUGAUGAACGAACUGGUUCUGGAAAUUUCCGAUUUGAUGAACGUGUUGGGCCAACAUGGAGCCGAGGAUUUGAGACAGACAUUCACCAAGAUUUUGAUGACCGUCGACCUUCUUGGGAACGACAGCGAGAUCGGGAUGAUAGAGAUUUUGAUUUCCGUAAAGAAAUGAAUGGAAACCGCUUUGGAUGUGAGCAAGAGCAUGAACCUUGGUCUGCUUCUGCUCCUCAUUCACAAGCGUUUAAGUAUUAUGAAGGUGAAAGUAACAACCAAAAGAAGGAUGAGUCAUCUCAGGUGAAUGGUGAUAAAACAGACAAUGAAACCCAACCAGAACAAGAUAAAAUGCACCCUGAACUUUCAAAGCAGCAAGUUUCCCCUAAGGAAUCGGGCAAUGAAAAGAACGAGCCGAAGGACAGCGUUGAAAAACAGCCAGUGGUAGAGAAAACAGAAACUGAGGGAACAUAAUCAUCACUCAGUAGUCUAAGAAACUUGUCAAUACUGAAGAAAAAAUGGAUGGAAUACAGUGCAAAGAAAGAGAACAAAUCCUCAUUCAGUCUGCUUUAGAGGUAUACCAGGGCGAAAAGUGCCUCCAUGUAAAAGAAAAAGAAAAAUGUUUCACAGCACCAAAGCGAUAACGGAGUGACUGAAUAAGAGAACACUUGAAAGUGAUGGAAAAUGUUCGGCAAGUCUGCAUCAAAGAUUACCAGCAAAUGUAACAUAUUUGCAACAGGUGUACAAUAAAGAAUGAAAGAAACGGAAUACAUUUUACCUGUGUAUUUUUCAUUUCACUCAUGAACAAUACCCUGACGUACCUAAAAUCCUCCACUUGGCAUAUUUGUCUUCUCACCACAUGCAAAGAGCAGACCACUCUAUUCUGCCUGAAAGCCAUGACUUCACAAGUUGAUUUUCAUCCCAGCUGCUUCACCCUGGGUUACAACCUUCUCCAUUCACAAUGGAGAGAACAGCCAGAUGAGACUAAAAUAGCAAAAACAUUCAUUCACACAAGAUAAACCACCCUCAUGUUCCCAAAAUAGAUGCUCCCUAAAACUCACAAGUGCCUUGACAUCCUGUUCAUGCAAAUCAUCAACAAGAGGGGAGAAUAGUCUGCCUUAAAAAUAUGAAAAUUAACGUCAGAAUUGCAGACAUAAAUGUCUUUGCAUAAAUAAAAGGACUAAAUGAUACAAAACAGUUAUUGUGCCCAUACAAUAUACUCUACCCUAUAUGAUCACAAGUCUUUUCCAGAGAUAUAGAAUGUGAUUAGUAAGCUCCCACCACUUUUUAAAUUUAAAUACUAGAGCAAACAGUUUCUCUGCUGUUUUACAUUGUUCCUUCUAAAUAUCCUGCAAUCGGCUAAUGAGUAGAUCUUUCAGCACCGGGAUUCAGACUUUAAUGGGUAGGUUAAAGAGAAUGGUCACCCGUUUGAAAAAGAUGACCUGUUACUUGAGUUAAAAUGAUCAAUAAAUCAAAAAGUGGUGUUUGCUUCAAAUUCUUAAUAUUUAAUUGAAAUAUCGGCUGUCAUGUUGCCUUGUAUUUCUUUUCUUCCCACCUGCAGUUACCUUUUAAAAGUGCUUAUUCACAGUCAGCAAAAAUUCUGGAGAGUAGCACAUC